GGAGCUGCAUUUGAUCUCCUGCAAUUCUGGGAGAAGCACCCAAGAGCAGCAGCAGGAGGAGACCCACACGGAGGGAGACCCACACGGAGGGAGACCCACACGGAGGGAGACCCGCACAGAGGGAGACCCACACGGAGGGAGACCCACACAGAGGGAGACCCACACCUCAGACGGACCACAGAUAAAAGGAGAAGUGGCCUCUGUGCCUGAAACAGACUUGUGCUUUCAGAAGGUACCAACGCAAGUCGUACUGUUCCCCUGAAACAACUCAAGGAAGAGAGCCACUUGUGGACAAAGGUAGAGUCAUCCGAUUUCCACGUUUCUGCAAGUUUGUUAAAAAGAAGAUGGCGUCUUCCAGAACACAGGAAACAAGUGAAAACAAACCACCUCAGAAAUAUCUCAAAGAAAGUAGCCUUGUAGAAGGGGGUGAACCUUCUGUUUAUGCAUUAAAACUGAAAAAGGCGUCUGAAACGUCCCCAAAGUACCAUCUAGGCAAAGAGAACUUACAGAUCGCCAACAAAGUGAUAAUGAUGAUAGGAGCGUCUGGAUCAGGGAAAACGACUCUCAUCAAUGGGAUGAUCAACUACAUCCUGGGCGUGCAAUGGGGAGACGAAUUCCGGUUCAAACUUAUUCAUGAAAUGACUGGCAGAAACCAAGCAGAAAGCCAGACAUACGAAGUGACGGCUUAUGUGGUGAACUAUCAAGAGGGUCUCAAGAUCCCUUGCUCUCUCACUUUUGUUGACACUCCAGGAUUCGGAGACACAAGAGGAAUAGAGCAGGACAAAAAGUUAGUGGAGAAGAUCCGGGAGUUUUUCUCCAUCCCAGGAGGCAUUGACCACAUCGAUUGUGUCUGCUUUGUGGUCAAGGCUUCCACAAACCGCUUAACAGCAGCCGAGAAAUACAUAUUUGAUUCCGUGCUCUCCAUCUUUGGGAAAGAUAUCAAGGAGAACAUCCAGUUCCUGAUCACCUUUGCAGAUUCACAGACUCCCCUGGUCCUUGAGGCCAUUAAGACGGCCGACGUUCCAUGCGCCAAAGAUGGCAAGGGGAACCCCGUGCAUUUCAAAUUCAACAAUUCCGCCCUGUUUGCCAACAAUGUCGUGGGGGACGGGGAGAGCCCUAACUUUGACGAAAUGUUUUGGAACAUGGGUAUGAUCAGCAUGAAGACCUACUUUGACUCGCUAAGCAAACUGAACACAAGGAGUUUGUCUUUGACGAAGGAAGUUCUCAGGGAACGGAAAGAGUUGGAGACGGUUGUGCAGGGCCUGUUGCCCCAGAUCAAAACUGCGCUGGUCAAACUGGAACAACUCAAGCAAACAGAACAAGCCCUUGACCAUCACAUAGCUGACAUGGCAGCCAACAAAGAUUUUGAGUAUGAGAUCUUAGUCACCGUCAAAGUGAAGCAAGACCUCUCUGGAGCCCAUCAAUAUGCAACCAACUGCAAGAACUGCGAGUUCACCUGCCACUAUCCUUGCAGGGCUACCUGGGACCGGCUGAACCGCUUUUGCUCCGCUAUCAGUUUCUACUCAGGAAAAUGCAACAUUUGUCCUGGCAAGUGCUCAGCCAGCGACCACCGCAGCCAGGAUUUCCUAUUUAAGGACGAAAUAAGGAAAGAGAAGAAGACCUAUGUGGAGCUGAAAAAAAUGUACGAGCAUGCCUGCCAUGGGGUUAUGACAGCGGAGGAGCUGUUUUGGCAACUCAGCCGGGAGUACACCGAGGUGAAAGAUAAUCUGAUCAAAAACAUCCAGAGAGCGUCUCAAAGCCUGCGGCGCCUGGAGGAAAUUGCCCUGAAGCCCAACCCGCUCUCCACCCCAGAAUACAUUGACAUGCUCAUUGCGUCCGAAGAGGAGGAAUGCAAGCUUGGAUAUGAGAAAAGGAUACAGCUGCUCAAGGGCGUGAGGAAAGAAGCAGAGAUCAUACAGAAGAUUGCGAAGAAGGAGGAUCUGCUGCCAGAGGAGGAGGAGAUGAUGAGCGAACGGGGGGACAAAAGCAAAUUCCUCUUGAUAUCCGAAUAUUGGAACAGGGCAAUGAAUCUUCUCUCUAAAUUCAGGGGCAACACAGCAGCUCCUGUUUAGUCUUAGAUCUCUGUAUCCUUUUCACUAAGUACAGGGACUCUCAGGCUGGAUCUACACUGACCUGUUUAAUGUUAUUAGAACGCUAUCAGAGAUAUUGUCAAUGCAUUUAUUAAAGGUUACCGGGUCUUUAUUCUUCCAGUUCGUCCCUCUCUCUCUCCGGCCAGGCAUCUGUUUUGCUUUGUGCACCCCCUAGAGGCGUUGCGGGGGGCUCUGCUCCCAGAGCAUCUUCCUGGCCUCCCUCCCCUCACUUGGCAAGUCCUCUUGACUGAGUUGGGAGUGGGUGCACGCCCUUAGACCCUCC